AUGGACAAUACCGUGACUCUAUCGGUUGCUCCUGCUCGUGUGGACGAGAUAUCGCAACCAUGCACAAUGCCACUACUCCAGAUCCCAUUCAACGUCAUUCUCUUGUAUUCUACUAAGCCAAGGAAAUGGCUUCUCUACUGUGCAAGAACAAUAUGUGGUGCCGAUGGACGUCUUAAUUUCAGAAGUGGGUUUAUUAGCCAGGAAGAUAUGGACGGGACCGUCGAGCCAGGUGACCAUUAUGUGUAUCAACUUCACGGUGACCCAAACUAUGUCGACAUGGACUUGAAACACAGGACCAGCCGAAAUUCAUGGUCGAGUCAGUCUCACAUUUCCCAAGACGACUUAAAAGACUACUAUGGAGGGUGCCCCUUCUCGAGGUUUUCUGUUGCACGUUGUCAAGUGUGUCACCUUAUUCCGCACUCAAAGGGCGACACCUACUAUCAAAACAUUUUAGCCCCACGUAGUUACCCGGGUGCUCAGAUUAGUGUCGAAGAGAAACAGAAUAUGCUAUUCAUGGAUGUCGGUAUUCACAUGAUUUUCGAUAGGGACAUGAUUGUCGGGUUCUUGAAGACACCCAAUUUUGCUUUAAAGACGAACGAGCUUCCGGGUGCAGACCAAGCCUCCCCUGACGAGUACCGUCUUACGGUGCACUGCUUUUCUGAAAACAGGGAUUGCCAACGAGAUGCAUAUCAUGGUACUUCCUCUGAUCUGCGGAGAGGAUGUGGUCUGGAAGAACCGCCGUCCACGUCUCUACCAGACGACAACGACUAUCGUCCGAACGACGUGAUACUCGAUCUCGUUUAUGGGUCUGCAUUGCUGGAGGCGUGGGGUGCUCAGGAUGCGAAGGAGAGAUGCAGAGCCCAUAGCAAAAAAUACUACAGCGAGGGACCAGGUGUGCAAGAUGAAGAUCGUGCUGGGGACGAGGAGAAAUUGCUUGGUAAACGGAAGAAAAAGGAACACUCUGGAAGACGAGUACGGCGCAGUAAGCGGCGGGUGAAUCAAGCAGAGCCGGAGGAGCCGUACGACACAUGGGAUGUCCUACUCGACCUGAAUUAUCUACUCAGGGGUACGUCACGAGCAGAGGUUGAAGCAAAGCGAAAAGAGCAGGAAGAGCGUGAGGCUGAGGAAAGGAAACACUAUGCGGACGAGUGGCGGAAAGGAAAGGAUGGACAGAAUUAG